AUGGCCAUGAAUAAGAUCAACUCAUACUCCAAGUUACUUGGUGCAGUACAUCUCAUGAUCUUUGCUCCAACAUCAUCACUUGGUCGUCAUCACAAUAACAACCCCAAUCACAAGCUGGCAUUGAUGUCAAAGAUGCCCAAUGUCAACUCAACAGAAUGGUCAAUAUUGUUACAUAAACGAAUGAAUAGUAACUUUAAAGAUGGUCAAUAUGGUCUGGUAGGUGGACAUUUGGAGAAUGGAGAGACUAUCAUUGAGGCAGGAGUGCGCGAGGCAAAGGAAGAGGCAGACCUGAUCAUCAAUCAUUCAGACUUGGAGAUAAUAAGUAGUAUACAUAGACAUAGUGGCGAUAGAGAGUACAUUGACUUCUUUGUUCGUUGUAUUCACUAUCAAGGUGAACCACAUAACAUGGAGCCCAACAAAUGUUCAGAUCUUCGCUUCUUCCCUUUAAACGCACUUCCACCAUCACUCAUCGAUCACAUCCACCUUGGCAUUCACAACUCACUAAAUGGUGUACACUUCCAUGAGAUAUCAAAGACGAUCUAA